AUGGCUUCUCUGACCAUGUCAGGGAUAUAUGGUUUCAUCAACACCUGCUUGAAAUCUCUUGUCAUAGACAAAUUUGGCGAAGAAGCAUGGGAGAAGCUAAGGAAACUGGCCGAGGUCCAGGACACCUUUAUGACUUAUGAGAUUUACGAUGACGUCCUGACCCUGAGGCUCGUCCAGGAGGCUUGCUCCAUGCUGGACGUGUCCUCGGAGGUGGUCUUGAAGCUGUUUGGCGAGUACUUCUUCAGCUUCUGCAAGAUGUCAGGCUAUGAUUCAAUGCUGCGCACCCUUGGAGGUAAUCUGGUGGAGUUCAUCGAAAACCUGGAUGCUCUCCACAGCUACCUGGCCCUCUCCUAUCAGGAGAUGAAUGCACCUUCCUUUCGAGUUGAGAAAAUGAAUGACUCCAGAAUGCUCCUCCAUUACUACUCUGACCGCAAAGGCCUGUACCAUAUAGUGCCUGGCAUUAUCGAAGCUGUAGCCAAAGACUUCUUCGACAGCGAGGUGGACAUGACGGUGUUGAACCAGUGCGAAGAAGACGAGCGGACUGGGAAGAAGGAGCACGUGGUCUUCCUUGUAGUCCAGAGGCCGAACCAGACAGGGCGAUCUAACCAGAAGAGAGCCCAGCUCAGCGAUAGAGAAGUCAAAGUCCAGGAUGAGGAAGUGGAGGAAACCAUGAGGCGGCUGAAGGACAGAUACAGCAACCUUCCUACCUGUCCAAGGAGAAGAGCACCUUGGGAUACAGUCAGGAGCAUUGUUCGAUUCGGCCAAGGAAACCUUGUCUGUGAAUUUAAUCCACAAUACCCGGACAAGCUAUGGAUUGAGGAGAAGGCCUUCUGCAAUGCCUUUCCUUUUCACAUCGUCUUUGACAAGGAUCUGCGCGUGAAGCAGACUGGCGUCAACAUCCAGAAGUUCGUGCCCGGCCUUCAGACGAUGGACAUCCGCCUAGACCAGUACUUCAGCAUUGUCCACCCCCAGGUCACCUUCACCAUAGACAGCAUCAAGAAGUUCAUCAACAGCCAGUUUGUGCUGAAGACGAGGCAGGAGAUGCUGCCACAGUGGGCCCAGCAGCAGGCCAUGCUGAAGCUCAGAGGUCAGAUGGUGUGGAUGGCCUCUCUGCAGUGCAUGGUGUACCUGUGCUCCCCGAAGCUGCGCAGUCUGGCCGAGCUGGAGGAGCGCGGCCUGCACCUGGCGGACAUCGCGCAGCACGACACCACGCGCGACCUCAUCCUCCUCAACCAGCAGCGGCUGGCCGAGAUCGAGCUCUCCAACCAGCUGGAGAGGAAGAAGGAGGAGCUGCGCAUCCUCUCGCGCCACCUGGAGGUGGAGAAGAAGAAGACGGAGACGCUGCUCUAUGCCAUGCUGCCCAGACAUGUGGCCAACCAGCUCAAGGAGGGCAAGACUGUGGAGGCAGGAGAGUUUCAAGUCUGCACAAUCCUCUUCAGCGACGUGGUAACCUUCACGAACAUCUGCGCUGCGUGUGAGCCCAUUCAGAUUGUCCACAUGCUGAAUUCCAUGUACUCAAAGUUUGACCGGCUCACCAACGUCCACGAUGUGUACAAGGUUGAGACGAUUGGCGACGCGUAUAUGGUUGUAGGGGGAGUGCCAGUUCCAACAGACACACAUGCGGAGAGGGUGGCCAAUUUUGCCCUGGGGAUGCGUAUCGCUGCCAGAGAGGUGACCAACCCCAUCACAGAAAAACCCAUACAGAUCCGGGUUGGUCUCCACACUGGGCCAGUGUUGGCUGGGGUUGUCGGUGAGAAGAUGCCAAGGUACUGCCUAUUCGGAGACACCGUCAACACUGCCUCUCGCAUGGAGAGUCAUGGCCUGCCGGACCACAUUCACCUCAGUCCGUUCACUUAUGAGGCUCUGGAGGAUAAGGGCUUUGACAUCCAGGAGCGUGGGGAGAUCCAGGUGAAGGGGAAAGGCCUGAUGAGCACCUACUUCCUCCUGGGGAACCUCCACGCCACCGAGGAGCAGAUCAUGAGGGGGGAGCCGGAGGAGCUGUACAGGGACGGCCCAGACGGGCGGGUCCAGAGCCGCAGAGUCUCAGAGCAUCCAGACAGAAAGAAGACGGCCAUCUCUUGUGAGUCUCAAUUCGAUGUCGCCAGUGAGGACGAAAACACCAAGAGGGCCAUGGCUGACAUCUCAACCCCGCUGUCAGACACCCAUCAACCCAGAUAUGCCAAAUCCAGCUUCUGCCUGUUGCUCUGAGGACAAUUUAUGUCUGUGGCCAGAAUACAUGGGUUCUCAAUUUUUCUUUUCCCCUGGCUGCGCACAACUCAACGUCUGAUUGUUGGAAACUGCUUUCGGUCAAAAAAUUAGCUCACGUGGUUGGCUGCCAGUGUCUUGCCUCCUCACAACAUCAUGUUUACAAACACUGUGAACCCAUGUAUACUCUUCAUGUCCUAUAAAAAGAAGGCUGGGUUUAGGCUACUUGAACGAUUUAAAUUAUGUAUCUAUUUAAUUGACUCUAUUUAUUUGUAUUUAUUAAGUGGUGUUUCAUCACCAACUGGAUACAGGGAGAUAUGAAUAAAUAUCCA